AUGGCCUCGAAUCUCUUCGCCUCCGGUCUUUCCAAGGUUGCCCACGGCACCGAGGGAAAAAAGGUUGCCGACCUGGCAACAGACACGAAGAACUACCAAGACUCGAACAACAGAGAAACUUCGGACUGGGGCGUUAAGAAAACCAACACCGAUGACUGGCUAAAGGUUGCCAGCGACGGCAAGACCGGUCCCAUGCUGCUCGAGGACCACUUUGCCCGUGAGAAGAUCAUGCGUUUCGACCACGAGCGCAUUCCCGAGCGUGUUGUCCAUGCCAGAGGCAGUGCUGCUUUCGGAAAGUUUACCCUCUUUGAGAGUGCUUCGGACGUCACCAAUGCCGCUGUCCUGACCGACACUUCAAGAGAAACCCCUCUCUUUCUGAGAUUCUCCACCGUCCUAGGUAGCCGUGGCAGUGCCGACACUGUCCGCGAUGUUCGCGGCUUCGCCGUUAAGUUCUACACCGAGGAGGGCAACUGGGACGUCGUUGGCAACAACAUCCCAGUCUUUUUCAUCCAAGAUGCCAUCAAGUUCCCCGAUGUCAUUCACGCUGGAAAGCCCGAGCCUCACAACGAGGUUCCCCAGGCUCAGUCUGCCCACAACAACUUUUGGGAUUUCCAGUAUCUGCACACCGAGGCCACGCACAUGUUCAUGUGGACCCAGUCCGACCGUGCUAUUCCCCGUUCCUACCGCAUGAUGCAGGGGUUCGGUGUCAACACUUACACCCUGACCAACGACAAGGGUGAGCGGCAUUUUGUCAAGUUCCAUUUCACUCCCGAGCUUGGUGUCCACUCGUUUGUGUGGGACGAGGCCCUCAAGAUUGCUGGUCAGGACCCUGACUUCCACCGCAAGGACCUCAUGGAGGCGAUUGAUAUGGGUGUCUACCCUAAAUGGAAGUUCGGCAUCCAAGUUAUCCCCGAAGCCGACGAGGACAAAUUCGAGUUUGACAUUUUGGAUGCCACUAAGAUCUGGCCUGAAGAGCUGGUGCCUAUUCGUUACAUUGGUGAGCUUGAGCUCAACCGCAACGUCGAUGAGUUCUUCACGCAGACCGAGCAGGUGGCAUUCUGCACCUCCCACGUCGUCCCCGGUAUUGGCUUCUCCGACGACCCCUUGCUUCAGGGUCGUAACUUCUCCUACUUUGACACCCAGCUCUCCCGUCUCGGUAUCAAUUGGCAAGAGUUACCCAUCAACCGGCCCGUCUGUCCCGUUAUGAACCAGAACCGCGACGGCGCCAUGCGUCAUGGCAUCCACAAGGGGACUGUCAACUACUGGCCGAACAGAUACGGCGCCUGCCCUCCUGCCACGGCCUCGGAGGGAGGCUAUGUCGAGUACCCGGAGAAGCUGAUCGGUAUCAAGUCGCGCCUGCGGAGCAAGAAGUUCCAAGAGCACUUCAACCAAGCACAGCUGUUCUACAACUCUCUUUCUGAGCCCGAGAAAACCCAUGUUGCAGCUGCUCUGUCCUUUGAGCUCGACCACUGCGAUGACCCUGUGGUAUACGAGCGUAUGAGCCAGCGCCUGGCUGAGAUUGACCUCUCACUGGCACAAACGGUUGCCGAGAUGGUUGGCGGCCAAAUCCCGCAGGACACACCGCGUCCCAAUCACGGCAAGAAAGCCAAGGGUCUUAGCCAAAUGGAGUAUCUUCCCAAGGAGCCUACCAUUGCUUCUCGCCGUGUGGCUAUCCUUAUCGCCGACGGCUUCGAUCCUGCAGCCUAUGCCGGUGUCAAGGCCGCCCUGACGGCAGCGAAAGCCUUCCCGUUCACCAUCAGCACUCGCCGCUCUCCCAUCUUCGCCGCCGGCGAGGACCGUAAGACUGGGCAGGGUGUCAAGCCCGACCACCAUCUCGAGGGCAUGCGCUCUACCAUGUUCGACUCUAUCUUCAUCCCUGGCGGUGCUGACUCCAUUGCGACCCUCCGCAAAAGCGGUCGUGCUUUGCACUGGAUCCGCGAGGCCUUUGGCCAUCUUAAAGCCAUCGGCGCUGUUGGUGAGGCGGCCGCCUUCGUCAAAGACGCCCUUACCCUGCCCGAGGUCGAAGUCUCCGUGUCUGGGGAAAUUCAGAACUCGUAUGGCGUCGUUACCGCCGCUAAGGUCACUCCCGAGAGCUUCAAGGAGGUGUUCAAGAUGGCCAAGGGUGCGAUGGAUUUCGUGGACGCCUACUUCUUUGAAAUUUCGCAGCACAGGAACUGGGAGCGCGAGUCGAGCGGCCUGAACGCCCAGGUGGCGUACUGA